CUCCGGAUGGGCGCGCGCGACGCGCACGCGCGAAAUCCCGGACGCGGCUAGCAACAACGCCGGCCAAUCCGGGCGCAGCACCGAGAGAUUCGAACUUGAACGUACGCAACGUACGCGAUUCCGUCGUUGGCUGCGCCGGCGAGAAGGUUGUUGCUGGCUCGGUUCCCUGCCCUCGUCAGGUCCUCCUCGAUCGGUCGAGCCCACCGGCUUGGCUGUAUUGUCCUGAGGAAGACAGGUGCUAUUUAAUUAAGAAGAGCGUGCCGGCAGAGAGCGAGGACGCACGUUGCAAGAAGAACGGAUUUUCGUCAAUGAGUUCUUGAGUGACGAGACACGCAAGAUAGCAGACUUGAAUAGACAUCAAUUAACCGUUGGAUGGCAUUCGGCUUUUGACACCGAGAUUCUCUUCGACUCGAGCACCAGGGUAUCUCAGCGUCCGCGUCCGUACAUCUCGCAGAUCGGGGAAUGAUGGGGGAUUAUUACGAGCUGCACGCGCCGCAGUGGGUGGACUUCACCGAGACUCACAGCCCGAUACGGGUGCCGGAUUUCUUCGAAAAGCCGCACGAGGUGCACGAGCGUGCGGAGAAUCUCGGUGACCCCACUUGCGAAAGUACGGAGAUCGCUCAGCCCGCGCAGCAACCGGACGUCACGUGCGCCAGCACGAUGGCACAGGCCGACCUGGACAUCAUAAAAAAUACCCCCAUCAAGAUGAUCUCCCCGAAAACUCGCAAUAACAAGGCGACAAUAGUGGAGACCACUUACGAUGAGGUGCUGGGUGAUGCGAUGAGGAAAUUGGAGCUCUGCAAGAAACCGCCUAAACGAGACGUGGCGAACGAGGCUACCCAGAUGUUGAAUGCCAACACGCCGAACAUGUCGAAGAUCGCCAAGUUGUCCAGAUCUGUUGGCUGUCGCAGCGUUUCGAGUAAGUGCGUCCCAUCUGGACAAGAUCCCGUGACAAGCCCCACGAAACUCAGCAAGAGUAUCUGCGUGCCGAACAAUGGUACGUCCGCAAGCGCGAAGAAAACGCGAGUCAGUCAUGCUCUGUUAAAGCAAGACGAGAAUUGCACCGAGCACAACGAUCCUUCCGGGAGUCCAGACGACUUGACGGAUGACUCUAACAAUGAGAGAGAAAAGCAGGUCGAGGAGGAGAGCGGCAAGGGAUCCAACGAGGAAAACAAUGAAAAAGGUUUUAAGAAAGGUGACGAGACGGACGGUGAAGAACAGAACGAGGAAGAGGAUAGGGAGUUGCGAGAUGAAUCGGGAGAGUCAGCGAACGACAAGGGUACCGAGGAGGAGGCGAAGAAAGAGGCCGCUCAAGACGACGUGGACGCUGCGAUCAAGAAAGGUAACGAAAGGCAGUCUUCGAACAAGCACACGGUGCUUACCUGGUGCAAUCAUAGGCCGAGUAUGCUGAAACGCAGAGUUUCGAUCAAAAAGAAGUACGUUAGUCUGGCGGAGGCGGUGUCGCGCUUCCAAAAUGACACGCCCGAGCGUUUCCACACCAGAAGCAAUAAGUCGGGCGUGGACGUGCUCAACGCGACGAAGUUGAUGCAGAACCGCCUGAAGCCGACGAUUCCGAUUUCGCCGGCGCUCGUGUCGAAGACCAGGGCGCGUCCCGUUACCGCGCUGAGCCGAGAGGAGCGCGAGAAACUGGAGGUCGAGGAGAUGAGGAAGCAUAAAAUAAAGGCCAAUCCGAUACCACGUAACGUGCUGAGAGGACCACGAGGACCAGUGGUGACAAAAUCCGUCGGUGUUGCAAAGAGGUCGACGACAGCCACGCAAUCCAAUGAAAAAGUUGCCGUCACGAGCAUAUCUCAGCCCAAGAUUUUGUUGCCACAUCGCAAGAAAGUGGCGUCCGGUCCGAAGAACGUAGUCAAGGUGCUAGCGACUGAUCCUUCGAGUAUUAUUGUAGACCACGAGGAGAUAACGUUCUUUGGAGUGCCGAAAGACACCGGCGCCACGAAGAACGUGACGCGCAUCAUGCCGUUCAGCUUCGAGGCGCGCAACAAGAAUCUGCAGAUGAAGAAGGAACAACGGCUGAAGAGUUUGCAGGAGGCCAACCAGGUGAAAACGGAAUUCCACGCUAGACCGGUGCCGAAUUUUUCAAAGCCACCAACGCCGCGGGCGAAACAGCAGCAGGAACAGCAGCAAGAUACGAAAAAACCGAUCUUGCCGUGUCCGUUCAGCUUUGAUGAUCGGAACAAGAAAGCAUUUGAGAGAAAGGAACAGUUGGUGAAGCAGGUGUUCGAAGAGGACAAGCGGGCGCGCGUGUUCCGCGCGAAUCCGGCACCGGUCUUCAAACCCGUCAUGGUUCGCGGUAGAUCGAAAGAGAGUCUGUUAGCGAAGGACAAGAAUACGGCGAGCGAGCAAGCGGAGAAUCAAGAGAACAAAGAGCCGAACUCCGAGUCUUCCAAGACGGGGAGAGAGAAUAUUCGAAAGUCGAAGAGCGUCGCUUCCAUUUUUGAUAAACAGAAAGUACCGUUGAAAGCCUAUCCGCUGACAUUGAACACCGAUAAACGGGCGAAGGAGCGAGAGGAGUUCAACGAGAAGAUUAAGCGUAAGGAAAUGGAGGAGGAGGCAAAGUGUCAGGAAAUCGAAAAGAAAAGACUCGAAUCCGAAAAGGAGAUGAAGGCGAAGCUGCGCAAAUUAACCGAGAUGAAAGCCAGACCGAUGCCGGCGUACAAAUCGCCAAUGGUUAUCAAAUCGACAAAACCGCUGACUGAUCCGCACAGUCCCGCCUUUGCGAGUAAACUUAGAUCGAAGCGUUACACGUCACACGUCGAUUAAAAUGCUUUGCUCCCAAGUUUUGUGUAAUAUUGUAACUCGCUCUAUAUUUAUAUAAAGAUUUUAACAGUGUAACGUUAUAAAAUAUAUGUAAACGUAGCUUAGAUUUAUCUUCUUUGCCCCGGUUUUCACAAAUAUUGUCAACUUUCAUCUUGCGUUAAUUUAUCCUUCAUCUCUCUCGAACAACUUGGAAAGAGACGAAAAGUUGAACUAAGAUCGAAGUUAAAUUGCGUUAAUGAAAACCGGGGUUACCGAUAGCAUCUCGCUUGUCUAAAUGUUUUUUUUUAUUAAUAAAAUAGAAAACUAAUACUAUAACCGUUUGUCUUGUUCACUGACUAUCAUUUUAUUCUACUUCAAUUUAAUUGUAAGCUUGUAACUCCUACAAUAGUCUUCAAAAGACAAUCGGUUCCCUUUGUAACUCGAUUGUCGUAUACUUAUUCGUUAAUAUAUUACACAUGUGUAUGUACAUUCAUUUAUAUAUUAAUAUAUCAAUAUAUUAGAUACGUGCACAUAAUUGAAAUAUCGUAUUUUAAAGAAGGUGAAUACUUUUCACUUCUAAAAUCUUUAAUAUCUGUAAUUAUUUUUUACAUCAUUGAUUUGAGCAUUCGAAAAGUACGAUUCUCAUCGUCUCGAAAAUAGAAUACAACCAUCCUCCUUCCCUUUACUGCCACUGGGAAAAUUGUCAUGUAACCGUAACGUGAAUAUUGUGAUGAAACGCAGUUUUUAAUAUUUGCCAAUCCGUGAUACAAUUUUUUAUGCUUUUUUUUUAAGUUCUAUUUUUGUUAGUCUGAAAGUGUAGAGCACUGGUUGGAAAAACCGAUCAAACAAUUAAUACUCGACGUAAAGACGUAACGUGCGUUAUGUACACGAUAAAAAUGAAUAUUAUUAUAUUUAUGACCUACUUUUUAAAUAGUAGCAAGCUAUAUGCAAUCACAGAUCGUAUCGGACAACGUGAUCUCGAUGUAUUUACAAAUAUAUUAUUUUGCAAGUAAUAACCUGGCAACGUCUAUGUACUUACAUGACAUGUAAUUAAAAUUUACAGAUAAUGCGUUGCUAAAA